AUGGCCACCGAACAGCCAAAGGUUUCAAAGGCCUUCAACGGCAUACCGGAAACAUGGGAGGAAUGGGUGAGGGCCGCCAAAAAGCUCCAGGUAUCCAGAAAGUCAAUCCAUAGUCGCAAGGAGAUUGCGUCUGGCUCAAAAAUAUCCCAGGAGGAGUAUCUACUCCUCAAGGCCAUUUGGGAAACCAACGAAGAUACGGAUAUCUCGGGGCUGGCUUUAGGGUCGCAUCUGGCGUCGGCAAGGCAAUCUCUCGGCCAGAACUUGCCAUUUCAGGCAUUUAUCCGGGGGAUCAGAGACGUCGCUGCCGGGAAUCGUCCUAAUGUCUCUGAAAUGGGAAUCUUUCAGAUUCCCUUUACCCAAAUGCAAGAGGUUUUGCAUCUUUCGAACCUCUCCGCGCCGAAACGUCCUGGUAAGAGCGACCCCAAGGCCAAGCGGGAGACUCGCCUCCGCCACCAGAUAAAUGAAGAUAUAGUCAACACCGCGGCGAUAUCCCUCCUCACGGCCAUCACCGUGGGCAGCGUUGAAGGGGCUGUCUGGAGUCCCCAUCGGGCGCCUCUGUACGCCAACUUUAAACGAGCCUCCAUGGAGGCCCAGAUCGAUGGGUACCUUUCGGUGGGCCUGUUGUCGCAAACUAGCCUGAUUCUAGAGGCAAAGGCGAGAAAAAGGGCGGCUCAUGAGCCUGCCGUCUCCAUGCAGGAGACCGCCGAGAUGGUGGCCUGGUUGAUGGCGAAACCUCCCUCUGAUGGACCAGAAUGGUACAUCACCGAGGGGAAAUAUACCCCUGAAUACCGGGAGCACAUCCUUGGUGAGCGUAGAACGCUCGCCAAGGAUAACUUCCUCGUGAUGAAGAGGUUUGGGCCCUGGCGAAGUGACCGGCCGUACAAGAUUCAGGAGUUGUGCGAGGUUGUCUUCGCUCUUGUUCAGAGAGCCGUGGCGGAGGAACGGUGAGAAGACUUGUCUUGUCUUUCAUUUUCUCCUGUGUUCCUGCAACUUCCUCCGUCUCUUUGUUUUGCCUGCCCUUUUCUCCUCUUUUCUCUCUCUCCUCUCUUUCCCCUCUGUCAUUUCUUUGCCUUGCUUAUGACUCUUUUUUUAUCCUUACCUUUUCUUCUCCCCUACCUUUCUCUUUUCCCUAGUGCUUCCUCUUUUCUUUCCUUUCUCCUGGGGUGUUUUGUCCUUUAUUACCUUCCCCUCUGUUCUGUCCGUCGCUCUUAUUUCCCAGUGACCGGGUGCUCAGCUGGGCUUUCGACUUUCUCUCCCUGUUUCUCUUGUCCUGUAGGAGUCAUGGCGCUUGAGUGUAACAGUCCUACAAGGGAGGUGGAGAUAGGUAAGAACUAUAAGGAAUACCAUAGUUUAACCCGCGUAGCGUACACAUA